CGGAGGGGGGCUCUGCGCCUGGCGGCCGCGCGCCGCCUGCGCAGUUGCGAGAGACGAGGGACGAGAUGCGGAGGAUGAGGUUACUCCUGGUGAUCAUGGUGGUGGUGGCGGCGUCGACGUGGCUGAUGGCGGGCGCGUCUGCGGAGGCGGAGGCGGGCGGGGGCGGCGGCGGGCGCGGAGGGACCAACUGCAUGGAGACGUGCCCCACGCGCACGGCGCCGCUGUGCGCGCGCCAGGGCUCCAACGGAUCGCGCAAGAACUUCGCCAACCAGUGCGAACUCGAACGCUACAAUUGUCGCUUCGGGCAAAGAUUUGAAUUCCGGUCUCAGCAGCAUGACCGUCACCCCACCACCGACGGCCAUCUCGGCGGCUGGGCUCGGUGUACUAGUAAUUUGUAA